AUGGCGCCAGGACUCGACGGCGAUGAGCCCUCAUUGUGCCGUGCAUCCACCAACCCGUCCCUGCCGGCCGAUCACAGCAACCAACACACCGCGUACAUCACCUUGAGCGAUGCAUCCAACUCGGACACGAUACCCACCACAUGGUUCUCGCCAGACAUCGCCAUCCUGAUCGAUGACAUACGCGCCGAGCGCACGAAACUCGAUGACCAAGCUACCUUCCUCGUCGACAGCAUGCACUCAAUGUGGGUAGCGGUGGAUCAAGUGGAGAAGACCCCGACGCGUCCCAAGGUCCAGAUCACCCGUCGAGAAGACAAUCUCCGCCCUGGUCGUUCACCCUUGGCCGCCAGUCGCUACGAGAUCGCGCUCAAGAUGCGUGUCAUUGCCACUCUGGUCGUCAUUGUCGCCACCGCGGGUUCCAGUCGCCACCGUGGUAUCGAGACCAAGUGCUGGAAGUCAAGACUUGCAAAGCUACCACCUGGGACUGUGACGCGUAUUCUUGAACUCCUCCUUUCGGCCAUCACCAGUCUCGAUCCGGUAUGA